AUGACUGAAACAACUGAUGCACAUGCAAAACUUCCUUCACCACAAAUUACUGUUGAGAGUGGUGACGUUACUUUCAGCAUUAUUCAAAUGCAAAUUACAGAAGAUAAAUUUAUUGUUCCAAGAUAUGGAGUUAUUGAAUCCACUGCAAGAGCAAUUCCAACAUUAUUCAACCGUCGUGAUCCAUUUAUGAUUCCAGCACAACAAAUUGAUGUCAGAACAUUAAAUAAUGGAUGUGUUACUAACAAUGGUAUCGUCUCUGACUUUACAUAUGCUUUGCAUAAUGUCACUGAUAUUGUUACUGUAUUUCCAACGAGACAAUCACAACGAACAGUAUUUAGAAACCCAAUGGUUAGAAACUUCCAAAUCACAAUUGAUGGUCGCAACUUCCCUGAUAAUGCAAUGAGUACUGUUGGAGAUAUUUUCUUCACAAGAAUGUUACAAGCUAGCGAUUUAGAUGGUGUUAAUGAAUGUACAGAAGAAUAUGAAGAUAGCUUAACACGAGAAAGAAGUACUUCAGAGAAAAUGCUUGCACCGUGGAAAGAUCAAACAUCAUUCAUUUGUACCAUACCUGUUAUGAGGGAUGGUGGAAGUGUCUUCUUUGAUGGUUUAGAAACAAAGAAUAACCAAGUUAGUAUCAGAUUACAAGCAAAUCCAAUUCAUACUAAAAAAGAUGCUGAUGUAUACUGUUCUGUUCAAGAUGUUGCACCACCUCAGAUGUGGUUUACAAGGACAACUUACUGGACUUGGUGUCCUGAAGAUGGUUUGAAAUACCAUGCAACAGGAACUCCGGCUAAAUAUGCUUCACCAGCGGAUAAUGUUUAA